ACUUCAAGAAGCAUGAAGCGUUUUCUUCUCGCAUGUCUCUGUCUCGUGGCUCUUUCUGGAGUAACGUCUGCAGAAGAAAAAGAUGGUGAUCUAAAAAACAGAUCAGAGGAAAACAUCCCAGGUGCAGCGUCAGAGCCGUACAUCUAUGUACAUGAAUCAAGGGAUUGGUCACUGCUGGUGUGUGAUGUUCGAGGUGCCUUUCCAAAACCUAAAGUAGAAUGGAAGAACGGUGCUGGAAACAUCAUUCCUGCAGAGAAAACAGAGGUGAAAGAAAAAGGAGGCAACUUCGACAUCUCUCUCACAAUUACUGUGAACAGGACCGACUACUACCGGUGUGUCGCCACACAGGAGGAAAUCAAACAUCGGAUUUCUGCUGAAACGUAUCUGCAUUUCCAGUAUGCAGUUACAAAACCGUACGUCACUUCAGUGGAGCACACAAGGGACUGGGCGCUGCUGCGGUGUGAAGUUCGGACCCAAGCUCCAAGGCCUAAAAUAGAGUGGCAGGACAACGCUGGAAACACACUUCCUACUGAAGACGUAUCAUUCUCCGGAUUUCGUGACAUUUUUAAAAUUGAAACUACUGUGACAAAGACCGACUUCUAUCGCUGUGUAGUCACACAGGAGGAAAUCAACCAUGUGGCUCAGGCUAAGAUGCAUGUGUAUAUCAGCGGGUCUCCCACCGGAUGGAUUGUUGCUGUUGUGCUUCUAGCUCUUGCUGUUGUUGCUCUAGCUGCAGCUGUAGUCAAGCUUUACAUCACACAAUCGCAUAAAAAAGGUUCACCUGCAGAGACAACAGUUCCCCUUAACUCCUAAUAUUCAUUUAACACAAGCUGAUGGAAACACACAUUACUUUGCAUUUUAUUUUGCUAGUUUUCUGGAAAUUCUGUUACAUUAUGUACCACUUUUGAAUGGAAACUUGACUUCGCCUGCGAUUCUUUUACCUUCAGAGAUUGUCAGACAAAAACACAAAGCCACACACCCAAAGUGUGAAUACAGGACCAAAUGAAAUUAAGUAUGUGAUGUACAUAGGUGACUUUUGUAACGUUACUUUAAGAUAUGCCAACGUAGAAUCUUGGUUUCACACGGGACACAAACGGUGAUCUCAUGGGUGAAAGUCCUGUAUUGUUUGACCCAUCCAUCCUCCUUCUGCAAACUUUCUUGCUCCGUAUUCUACGUCAGAGUCUCUGUAAAUGAGUUUACUUGUGAGUUAUUUUAACACCUGGUGCUAAAAGGAGCCUGGUGUGUUGUAUCAGCUGCCAAGGGGCAUGAGAUUGGGAGACUGCAUAGGUUACGUAUGCAGAGGAGCUAGAAUAGCAUAAAUGUCAAUGAGAACAGCUUUGCACGUCAAGUUUACACAGGGUCUUGCACCCCACCUGCAACGACCUUGCAUUUAAGUACAAAUAUACUGUGUCUACAAAUAAAUGCACGUUUUAAUGUUAGCAGUGCUUCACAUUUUAUAAUAACUUGUUCGAAAUGGAUUGCAAUCUCAGAGUUUAUUCAUUUUAGUAUAAUUGCUCAGGUUUUAUUUACUGUCUAAAAUCAUGUAAUAGGUACCGUUCAGCGAGUGAGAGAGCCCAAAUUUAAAAUAUAGAAGAAUUAACUAUGUGAAUAAAACAAUAUUAAUAAUCAUUCUAUAAAAUCAAAGUACAAAAGUUUUACUGAAAGUUAAUCUGUUGUCCUCUAAUUUCCCCAAACUUUGCUCUUGUUCCCGUUACACUGGCUCUCUUGUAUGAUCGCCUUGCUUUUGACCUUGUUUUGCCAUUGCUUACUCCUGACUCCUCGACUGCAGGUGGCUGGAAAUGCUGCGUGCAACUCAGCUGCAUUUCCACAAGCAGACAGAAGGCCAUCGUCAAGCAGCUGCUGAUAGAAAAGAGACUUUGAAAAGAUGCUCAAAAUUUAAAUAAGUUAAGGAAAAAUUGCCACAGUGAGUUAAGUAAGAGUGAAAAAGAUCAUUCAUUUGCCUGCUAAAAAGGGACUGACAUACUGACUCAAGCUGAGUUUGCCACAUGGGAGUGAGAUGAUAAUGCUAAAGAGCAUCAGAAAGAGCCUUUAGUUGCUCUCUCCAGCAUAACUUUUAAUUUUUUCAUCAGAACUGGUUAAACGAGAUAUUCCCCAAGUUUAUCUUGAUACUUGAUUUCUUCAGAACUUACCCGUCGUUAGCAUUAGACCAAGAAUUGCCCAAAUUCGUUCCUACUGAGGGCCAAAAAUUCAUCUUGACGGUGGGCUGCAGGCCAAAAAUAAUGUGAAAUUACAUUACAUUGAAAUGCAUAAUAUUUCAUAGAAAUCUAAAAUAAAAAUUCAAAAUAAUGAAAACACUGUCCUUCA